AUGAUGCGACCCACCCGAGAUCAGGUCGAGCUGAUGUCUCGUCUUGACGUGAUUGAGUUUUUUGUAACCCCUCGGAACCUGGAAAUUGCAGGAACCCUUCAGACCUGUAUUAAGAGCAUCAAAAAUAUUCCAGUGAGUCUGAAUGCUUUUAUCCACUCACUGCCUGUUGUCUUAUUACUUCCUUUGCACUUACUGUAUUAUUAUACUAAAUGUUUUAUAAUUUGAUUGAAUGUCAGUCUAUAUUUACAUUUAUAUAUUUUUGGGAAAUACAUUAUUUUUCUAAAGGGGUGAAAAUGAAGAGAUUUGCAAACAAGAAACUUAGUCUAAAACUAGCCCAUGUCAGAAGUUCAGAGGUAUAUAAAAACAGAAAUCUUGUACGGGUCGACAAAGUACUGUAGCCAGAAAUUAGCCAAGUUAAACCUGUGGAACUAGAACACAUCAUUAAACAUGCCUACAGGCGUCUAGAAACACAGGGCAUUCUGCUCAGUGUUCCAGGGUGUGUGUUGGCAGUUGUCAAUUUGGGUGUUCCAGAACAUGCGAGUGCUUGUGUUCGGUUGGGAACUGGUGUCUCCAUAGUGACCCAAACUGAUUUGGCUAGAGAUUACGAAGGCAUGAUCACAUGUAUAAGGCUUCCUUUUUAUUACAUUGAUGACAACAAGAGCCAUUGCUAGCUUAGCUGUGACUAGAUAGUUUCAUAGAAUUAUUUUAUUUCCAAAGUCCUAACGUUCAUCUUUUUUUCCAGAUGAUUUUAAAACGCAUGACAUUGUCUAAUACCAAGGUAUCUGACUGGCAGGCUCUCUAUAAGGUACAAGCAGCUCUUUAUGAUGUCUUUAUACAAUGAUAAGCAUCCUGUUAACACUGCAGCCAUUGAGCAGCAUGCAUAAUGGAUGUUUUUGUUCUCCAACAGCUAAACAUCCAUGAUUUUCUUCACCUAUCCCAAUGUCUCUUUUAUUUACCAGCUAUUUCACAGCUUUAUGUGAAUUAUUUCCUAUCAAUCUUCAUUGUUUCUUAACUACACUCUCUCCCUACCAAGAAAGCAAGCUCUCUUUCCAAAUAUAUGACCUUUUUUCCAUCACUAUGUCUCUUUGCAGACAGUGUACAAUGCUGUAUGUAUUGGAGAUACCUGCCGUUCCUUGCCUCAGACAGUGUCUCUCUUCUCCCGCAUCGCUGCAGCCUUCAACAAUGACUUGCAUUAUAUUGCCAGCAUUAUUAGCAAAGUGGUCAGAGUCUAUUUGAUUUUAUUUAUAUCUUUAUUAUAGUUAACUUGUAAUUCCUCUUUAAGUAGUAAAUUCAUACCUCUCAUUUAUCUAGUGUAAUCUCCCCUUUAUGUAGUGUAGUUGUAUCUCCCUGUUUUGCAGUGUAGUUUUAUCUUUGUGUUAUGUAGACUGAUUUUCCCGACACAUUGGGUGAUUUACUACACUGGUGAUAACAGUCUAGAGGUGGCACUAUUAGAUUAGCAUUUCUCAUGGAGACGUUGGAUAGAGGACAGAAUGAAAAGUGAAUCAAAUCAGGAUUAGUUUACGGAGCCUGUGUCCUCUCUGGGGUUUAUUUGCUGAGCUAGGAAUUAUGGAUAAUUGACCUGGGAAUUGCAAUAUUAAGUUACAGUACCUGAACAGCAUUUUCUAGCUCAUCAAUUACUUUGUUAAUUAUCCUCACUUUCCUGAAUCUCUGUCUCUUUCCAUCCUUCCAAAUCCCACAUAGGUAGAUUUUGAGGAGAGUCUGACUGAGAAGCGAUUCUGCAUUAAACCGUUUGUAGACCCUGCAGUGGAUGAAAGUGAGUUACCCAAUGCUUUUGUUCUACAUUCAUACACCUUAUCGUUUCAGCUGACACCUCCAAGUUUGAGAGUAUGAGUGUUAUGAAUAAACAAUGUCAGGUUUGCUUUCACAUUCACACCAAUUUCUAAUGUAUAAAACUAUUACUCCACAAUUUAUACAUUGGUGUCUUGUUUCUGACUUUUUUUGUAGUUCAUCAAAAUAAUCCAACUUUACAAUACUUUUUGUUCAUUUUUCAGUUUUUAACUCCUUUUUUCCCCUUACAUAAGACAGAGUAGUAAUAUUACUAGGACAAAACAAGGUGAUUUUCAGCUCUGAAAGAAUUCUCAUACAUUAAACAAAGAAGAAUACAAUGAAGGGACACGUCUACACACACUGAAAUCUUGAGUGAAAUUGAUACUUCCAUAUAACACCGUAUUAACAUCCCCUGGCUGUCACAGCCGGGUGGGUUUCUUCAUUUACUAGCAUUGGAUUACUGUUCAAAUUAUGUUCUUCCACAAGAGACAGAUACAACUUCCUUAUUGCAUAUUCCAGGAUGGCUACAUUUUGGCUACACAGCUGUUACUAAACAACAUUUCCCAUAAUGCUCAGUGAGCAUGAAUUGAGCAAGUACUUUGCAAAAUUUUCUCUGCUAUCAUUGACAUAUAUCUCAACCUAGCAAGCUGCAGGCGGACUGUUGUUGUCAAACUGGCCCAGUCUGUUUAUAACGUAAGACACCCACAGCCAAGAUAUGGAUUAGUAUGGAGGAGUGGUAUAUUAUUAUUAUGAAUUUUCAAAUUACUUACAUAAACACAGUAAGACUGCAAGUGACCAUUAACACAUGAUUGUUUAUCAUUUCUGUGACUUAUAAAUGUUCAUCUUUUUUUUGUAACAGAAAAGCGUCGGUUACAUGGCCUGUCAGAUUUUCUCACGGAGGUUGCACGCAAAGAGCUGGAGAACUUGGACCGCAAGAUCCCAUUUUGCUGUGUGAUCUACAUUCCUCUGGUGAGAGAAUUGAAGCGAGAGGAAAGAAUUAAACGCUAUUUUAAAUGUGUUAUAAUGUGUAGCUGUAGUUCUGAUCCAGUCCCUGUAUUUCAAUAUAUUGCGCAUGCCAUCCUGCAGACCAUUAUCUGUAUACGAGGAGUUGUAAUUGUAGUGCACCAUAUACUGCAGCAGUCAAAGUCAGAGACUCAAACACAUUGAAAUUGUCAUGGAUUUGUAAUGCAUAUGUAUGUGUUAGAAAAUGUCUAUUACAAGUAUGUAAAUGCAUAGAUUGUGACACUUUUCUGAAGUUUGGAUGUUGGAUUUCCUAUGGGCUGCACAUGGGAUCCGAUAAUGAUUAGCAUGUUUGUCAUUGUAAGAUGUCACCACUGCUAGUUUAGCUCAGUGGAACUACCUUAUUUGUAGUUUAUACUUCUAUCCUGAUAGCGUAGGGUGAGCCCCACCCCCCCCCUCAUUCUCAUGGAAACAAUAUGUAAUCCUGGGUAUAUUUAUAUAUAUACAUAUAUAUAUAUAUAUAUAUAUAUAUUUUACUCAAUAGCUUUGCUUCAAGUUACUUAUUAUGCCACCCCCAAUCUAAUAUAGAGCCUUCCGCGGCCCCACCCUAAUACACUGCCCCCAAUAAAAUACACUGCCCUCCCUCCACUCUAAUUUAAUACACUGCCACCACCACUGUAAUUUAAUACACUGCUUCCCCUAUUCACCAAUCUAAUACACUGCACCCCCUCCCUUCACUCUAAUUUAAUACACUGCUCCCCCUAUUCACCAAUCUAAUACACUGCCCCCUCUCCCUCCACUCUAAUUUAAUACACUGCCUCCCAUACUCACCAAUCUAAUACACUUCCCCCUCUCCCUCCACUCUAAUUUAAUACACUGCCUCCCAUACUCACCAAUCUAAUACACUUCCCCCCUUCCCUCCACUCUAAUUUAAUACACAUCCUCCCAUACUCACCAAUCUAAUACACUUCCCCCCCUCCCUCCACUCUAAUUUAAUACACAGCCUCACCUCCCUAAUACACUGCCCCACUCCAACCACUCUAAUACACUACCCCUCUCCUUCUGCCCCACUUACUCGAUAGACUUCCCCACCUCCUUCCCCCCAAUUUAAUACACUGCCCCUGUACUCUAAUAGACUUCCCCACCUCACUCCCCCCAAUUUAAUACACUUUCCUCCCUCCAUCCAAUUUAAUACACUGCCCUCACUUUCUCCCCCCAUUCUAAUACACUGCACCUCUCCUUCCCCUUAAUUUAAUAUACUGCCCCUCUCCUUCCCUCCAAUUUAAUACGCUGUCAGUCUGGUCCUGGGCCGCAAAGAUACUUAGUGUGGGCCACAUGCUUGGUGUAGAUUAAGGGUCUUGAAGUAAUUUUAAAUGUUUCCUAAACAAUAAUAAAAAAAAAAAUCAGCUGGUAAUAAAUUUUACAAUUGCUCUGUAUAUGGUCAGUUUCAUAAAAAAAUUAUUAAAAAGUGACAAUAUUCACCCUGGAAUGCAUUUAUAAUUCUGUAAAAAGGGAAAGGACUGUCAAGCCUGUAUCAGUGGUAAUAUAGUGACAUCUUCUGGUGAACCCAGAUACUGCUACUGUAAAUCAAAAUAUCACUACAGCUUUCAAUCUUUGGAACUGUUUACAAAGAAAUUAAAGUGAACCUGUAAGGAAGAUAUUAAAUGACUUGAAAUCGUUCCCAUAUACUUUGAAUAUCCUAUGUAUCACAAAGCUACAUGGUGUAUUUAAUGUAAAAUAUAAACAUAUAUAAACUCUUUGUGUAACACCCCCCUUCGAGCCGUCCUCCGCUUCUUCUCCAGUCUGUCUGGACUCUUCUUUGAUUUGCCCUGCUUGGGACCCACCCCCAAGCAGGACAAAUCAAAUCUCCUCAGUGAUCUCGGCACUCGGCUUUGUUGCUAGCGUGCUAGUGUCGGAGUGGACUGACGUUUGGAGCACUGGCUAGGUUGCUUCUAUCGCAAUGGGUGGAGAGCACAAGGACCUCAUGUAGGAGGUCUUUUCUACUCUCCUCUAACAGUGAAAAACUGCUAGCAUGCAUGCAUUGAGCAUGCAUUGUUAAUGACAUGACAGGUCCCCUUCAAAGCUAUACCAGUAGGGUUCAUAAAAUAAUAGACCAACACCAUUAAUUAAUGUUUUUGUCUUUUAAACAACAUGUUUUGGUUUCUUUAGCUCAUUAGUUUUAUUUCCUCUUUUAGAUUGGUUUCCUUCUGUCCAUUCCCCGUCUCCCUUUCAUGCAGGACAAAAGCGAUUUUGAAAUAGAAGGACUGGAGUUCAUGGUAAAGAUCCCAAACAGGACAAAGCUAGCUGUAGUCCCAUAAUAAUAUAAUAUUAGAAUAUCUAAGGUUUUUUAUUGUGGCAGAUUUGAUCACAAGGUUAGAUGCCAUGUGAAGUGAGGUCUGCACUUUUACAGCUUUUAAUGCAACAUACGUGCUAAAAAUUUAUAUUUGUAAUAAAUUUGAGCAAGGCAUUUAGAAAGGAAAAAGGUAUAUUUCAUUUUUUAUAAUUCAUAUCUAACUGCUAAAUACUUUGAUUAUUGAUUCUGCAGCUAAUUCCACUCCUCCUCCUUUCUGCCCAGACGGGAGAUGAACCAAUGGCUUGAUAAUGUGAGAAAGAGGGGACACUGUUAAUCCAUAAAGCACUUCUGCAAGCUGAACGGCUUUUAGAGCGUGGUUUGUUGCUUUAAUAGUGCAAUCUCCAGAGAAGUGAUUUUGAUUAUUUUGUUGUAGAUCAUACAUUAAAGGGACACUAUAGUCACCAGAACAACUAUAGCUUAAUUUAAUUGUUCUGGUGAGAAAAGGCAGUGUUUACAUUGCCUCUAGGGACACCUCCAAGAGGCCACUCCUCAGAUGGAUGCACUGCAUGGGGACACUGAAUUUUCCUCAUAGAGAUGCAUUGAUUCAAUGGUGUUUGGCACCGCCCCUUGAAGAUUUUAGCCAAUUCCAUGGGAAAGCAUUGGAUUGGCUGAAAAUUGGCAAUUCUGAUGAUGCCAGGGCCAGUGCCGGCGGACCCGCGAGGCGCUGGAAAUAAGGUGAGUUUUAAUUGUUUUUAAGGGUGCUAAGUGGGGGGCAAGCCACCUAAAUUGUGGGUUUAGCACCUUUUCAGUAGCUGAUUUAAUGUUACAGGGUUGCUGUUUUCGAUGGUGAUGGUGAUGGUAUUUUCUUUCUCUCUUAGCCAUAGUUUGUCAAGGAAAAAAGUUACCUGCGCUCUCUUCUUAAUCCCUAUGUAUAUUUAAACAAAUUGAGGUCAUUUAGGUACUCCAAUGGCCACUGGAGGGAAUGCCCGCCUGCCAACGUCAAGGCAGCCCCCCCUCGACGGGUCCUACUCUGACCCUUCACCUUGCUUACUUAAGUUUCUGGCAAAGAUAUCUCUAAUGAGACAGAAAGGCAUAUUUUUUUAUAUACACCCCUACAUACUUAUUAACCCUUAAUAAGGAACACAUGGGAUGGGCGGCAGCAUUGUAACCUAGCUGUGUAAUACAAAAAGUGAAUGCAAAUACAAAAGUCCUGCGCUCACUCCCAUCACUCCUGGGCGGCACCAACGACCACAGUACACAUCAGCUCCAAUACAUAUAAUAAAAACCAAAGGGAAAAAGUUACCUGCGCUCUCUCCUUAAUCCUAUGUACAUUUAAACAAAUGGAGGUCAUUUAGUUACUCCAAUGGCCAUUGGAGGGAAUGCCCGCCUUCCAACGUCAAGGCAGACCCCUCGACGGGUCCUACUCUGACCCUUCACCUUGCUUCCUUGAGCCGGUGGCAAAGAUAUCUCUAAUGAGACAUAGUUUGUCAAGAACUGGUAAAUUACAACUAGAGGAAGAACAUAGGAAAGAAACUAAGUUAUUUUGGCUCCUCACCCUGACUCUAACCCCAGCGCAGUUUCAGAUUAAACGUUUAUACUGUGUGUUAUAUGACCAUCUUCUUUGUGCUUUCUAGUUCUUGUCAGAGGAUAGACUCCACUACAGAAGUGCUCGUACCCGGGAGUUGGAUUCAUUACUGGGGGACCUUCACUGUGACAUUAGAGGUUAGUAAAGUAACAGGGAACAUUCAUUUUUGUAUUUUAAAUUGUGAGGGAAGAAAGGGGUAAAUUUGAUCUGAGCAGUCAUUCAUUGAGAAUGCGAGUCUUUGUGAAAGAUUGUAAUAAGUCACCUAACAAGACAGAAGUGGAAUAGGAGGAAGGGGUGGUCAAUGCCAGGUAUUUGGAGAUCUGCUGUCUCAAACAGUUCAUGAUCAACACAUGGUGCUGCAGAUAUCUACUCUAAUUGGAACAGAGAGAACUAAAAUGCACAUAGUCGGCAGACUAGCAUACAUAAUACGCAUCAGGUUGAUAUAAGUGCAGAAAUAAAUGUUUCCUCCACAAAGCAAAACAAGUUAAUCUACUUCUCCCCAACAGACCACGAGACCAUGAUUAUGCAUCAGAUGCAGACAUUGAUAUUGGAAAAGUCAGCUGUUCUAUAUGAUGUGAUUGAGUAUGUUGGCCAGUUGGAUGCUCUCCUUGCCUUGGCAGUAUCUGCCCGCGAGAAUGGAUUUGUACGUCCCCACUAUGUUCCAUCUAACACCAUUUACAUCAAGGAAGGGAGGUGAGGCUCAAGAACAGUUUGUACACUUUUCUUAAAUCACUAAUACUACCGCUCUGUUAAAAAACCUGACGGCCCAAUAUUUGCAGAAACCAGGAAACGCAUCUGAACGUGUCCAGCCCGUUUUUUAUUUAAAAUCUUCAUACUUUCGGGACCAUGUCUCCUCUCUGUUUUUUUUUUUUUUUUUUAUUUAAGUUCCAGAUUCUGCCUAAAUGUAUUUUCCUAGUGACAUGUAGAGGUUAGUGAGUAUAAAGAUGUAACCUUUUUCCCAUAUGCAUUCACUGGCCCCUGGGGUGUUUAUGGAUCCAUAGAUUCACCAUCACUGUACUAACACUUUAUUUUGUUAUAUUAUCUUGUAUUAAACACUAUAUUUUAAUGUAUCAGCUAAUGAUAAACAGUAUAUUUUAUUGUAAUUAGCCCAUGAUAUUAAAUUGUAUCAGCCCUAGAGGUGUGAGAUGAUUUCCCCUGUACCAUGGUCUAGAUUUACUCUCUGUGUGUUCAUGUAUUGUAUGUCUUCAUUCUUCCACAGACACCCCCUCAUGGUAUAUUGCUCUGGAACAUUUGUCCCAAAUUCAACCCAGACAGAAGAAAUGGAGAAACGUAUAAAAAUCCUGACGGGACCCAACUCUUGUGGGAAAAGUGUAUAUAUGAAACAGGUGACAGGCAGAGAAGAAUAUACAGAUGGACUGAAUGAAGGGGAUAAAAUACAAAGGAGAGAAUGGUAAAGACAGGCUGUGACACAGGAGGGGUGCAGAGAGUUUAAUUGGGUACUAUCAACAGACAGAGCAUUGUAGAAGUGAGAGAAAUCAGGAGACUGACAAGAAGCGGUAAUAGAGCUAGAGAUAUAGAUCCAAGGGAAAAAGUAAGACAGAAACAUUAACCAUAUUUUAUUCUUUUUCUUAAUAUCUGUUUUUAUUUCAUACUUUAAUACUUUUGUUUCAGCCAAUCUCUGUUCAUUCCAUCUCCCUCUUUCCUUUUCACCAUUACUCCUGCAAUGCAUUUUACAGUUUGGGUUAUUCACCUGGUCAGUAAACGUGGAGAACUGAGAAGGGAUUAGGGGUUUAAUGCCCAAAUAGCUGAACUAGAAAAUAGCUAACUUGGGGAAAAAAUUCACAAUUUUAGCCUGAAAUGUGCCCCAUGUCACUUCUUCACUAUUUUCAGUUUAGUUGAUACCUCUGCAUUUAUUGUUUCCUCUCAUUAUCCAUUCUCAUUUUCAUCAUUCCAUUCUGCAGUUUUAUCCUGUAUUCCCUUGUCCCUGUCUGUUCCUUUCGUAUCUGAUCAGCUCCUUUGUUUUCCCCCAUUUCUCACUGUUUUUCACCCCCUCCAUACUGCCAGGUUGGUCUCAUUGUCUUCAUGUCUAUGAUUGGAAGUUAUGUUCCUGCUUCAGUUGCAGAGAUUGGACCAAUCGAUGGCAUCUUCACUCGAAUCCAAAGCAGGGAAUCUGUAUCUCUUGGCCUUUCUACCUUCAUGAUUGACUUAAACCAGGUGAGCAAAUCCUUAAAAUGCAAAGCACGGUUAAAUCCAUUCAUUACCAGUGCAGCGGGUAAUCAGUUCUACAAACACAUUGGGUCACUGCAGUGUUUUUAAACCUGCUCCAGUUAUGCUGGCAUUGAGUUCUCUUUGUUUUUAUGUUAAUCUAGGUGGCAAGAGCAGUGAAUAAUGCAACAAAGAAGUCACUGGUGUUAAUUGAUGAAUUUGGUAAAGGAACCAAUACAGUAAGCAUUGUCAAUGUGUUUUAUUACUGCAAAUCAUUUUAGUAUUUGUCGCAGUGUGGAAGGCAAUAGAUCUGCACAUCAUUUCACUUUAUCUCACCUUGUAAAACUAAUGACAGACACAAAACUGUCUCCUGUUUCUGUCCCUCCCACACGCUAGGGACAGGUACGUUAAGUACUUUUCUGCCCAUGUCGACCUGCACAGCAGGUGUGGGUACAGCUUUGUCAGUGUCAAUUCUCAGGGAUAGUAGAAGGGACAUAUAGCACUAUCUGUCACAAUUUGCAUGGGCAGGCAUCAUUUAACAAGGUAUGUUGAUCUCUCUUCUUUUCCAGGUGGAUGGCCUCUCACUCUUAGCUGCUGUUCUUAGGCACUGGAUCAAUAAGGGACUUGACUGUCCACACAUUUUCUUGUCUACAAAUUUCCACAGCCUAAUACAACUCAAAAUACUUCCAGACAGUCCCCUGCUACAUUAUCAGGUCAGAUCACACAGCACAGGUGGUUCAUAUUAUCAGGUCAGAUCACACAGCACAGGUGGUUCACAUUAUCAGGUCAGAUCACACAGCACAGGUGGUUCAUAUUAUCAGGUCAGAUCACACAGCACAGGUGGUUCAUAUUAUCAGGUCAGAUCGCACAGCACAGGUGGUUCAUAUUAUCAGGUCAGAUCACACAGCACAGGUGGUUCAUAUUAUCAGGUCAGAUCACACAGCACAUGUGGUUCAUAUUAUCAGGUUAGAUCACACCGCAGAUGUGGUUCACAUUAUCAGGUCAGAUCACACAGCACAGGUGGUUCACAUUAUCAGGUCAGAUCACACAGCACAGGUGGUUCACAUUAUCAGGUCAGAUCACACAGCACAGGUGGUUCACAUUAUCAGGUCAGAUCACACAGCACAGGUGGUUCAUAUUAUCAGGUCAGAUCACACAGCAUAGGUGGUUCAUCAUCACAUUAGGCAAGAGGUGUGAUAGUCCCACACAGAGAUUACUGUCACAAUUCCAGUGAAAUAGUUAUAUGAAUGGAAUCUCUUUCUGGCCUGUAGACCCUUGAGUGGUGCCUGGAUGGAGAGGAAUUGAUCUUUUUCUACCAGAUGAAAGAUGGGAUAUCAGAAGCAAGUCAAGCAGCCAGAGUGGCAGCCAAGGCUGGUUUACCCUCUGAGAUAAUCAAACGAGGAGUAGAGGUGAGAAACACCUGUUUACAAGGACCCAGGAAAUCUCUCUCUCUGCCAUGUUCCCUCGUGUUAAAGCGAGCACACCAAAGGCUUCCAUUGAGAUUGAAUAUAUACACAAAAGAUGUGGAAAAGGUGGCGCUAUACAGUUGAUAAAAUAUUUGAAUAGAUUACAGCUGCUAUAUAUACUCCGUGGAUACUCCUUUUAACCCACCACACAUAGAAAAACACCCAAAAACAGACAGAGGAGCUUCGGAUUUAGUUGAUAUAUUUUACCACUUAAAUCCUCAGCUUCUCUCGAGUGUAGCGCUAAGUAUAAAUGUAUACAGUGGGUAUUAUCAGUGAAAAAAGUGCUACAAAGGCACUUACCCUCUAUGUGAAGCUUAUGCUGUCUUUAUAUUAUAUAGAGAGAAACAGAAAACAGAAAAAAACACAAAUAAUGGUUUUUACCUUGUUCGUGCCUAUCUGUAGUUUGGACUGGUGUGAAUUUUGUGUAUCUUGAUUGUGGUAUAGGAAAUCUUAAGUGAGGUCUCUCUGGUAGUAUAGAGUGUAACAUUGGGUCAUUUCUUAGCAUAGGCCAAUGUUUAUUAAUUAUCCUUUUUAUUUUAUGACUUUCCUGAUUGAAAUUGCAAAUAAAUGGCAAAAUGUUAUGUUCAUUUUUCACUUUGGGUUUAUAUUUUAGGAGAGAAGGUCUUUCCAUAUUUUGUACUUCUUUUAUAGUGUUUAAGAGUUAAUAUUCCUCAUAUCCUUUUUCAAUAAAUUGAUUCUUGUGGCGAAACCGGCCUCGCCACGUGUCCUUGGAGGGGGGCUGCUUGCCCGCCUCUUGCCUUUGGACUAUGGACCAGACUUUAUUUGAAUGUGUUAACCCAGAUAGCUAUGCCAUGGAGCCCAUUCGUGUAGUUAAAGACUUUGGCUCCAUGGCACUUGAACUGUGUGAAUAGGAUCUGAGCGCUAUUCGGUAGUUUUGUGCGCUCAGAUCCCAGCUAUCUGGGGAUAUGUGAAAUGUCUGUGUCUUAUGUGUAAAAGGUGACUUUAUGUAUUUUAAAGUGUUUUGUGUCUUUUUGCAACCAUGUGCUUAAUGGAGUCUUGUGUCUGUCCUGGGAGAUAAUUGAAUUACUCUCCAGGAUAGAAGACUCUGAAACUGGUUUGGGCCAGAAAGCCAUGCUUCAUUUAGUCACAAAGGACUUUCCCUUAACUUUUGAACCCCUGGUCUGAUUCGUGCCAUUUUUUAAUAUGUUGUUCCCCUGAAUGGAUUGAUUAUGAAAAUAUAUGUUUUAUGUUUGUGACAUGUAUAUUUUAGAAGUUAUAAAUAUUGUGUAAAAACUGUAUUCCUCUGCCGGUGAUAAUGAGAUUACCCAUUGUGUUCAGUAAUCAUAUCACCUGCAGAGGGGAGGAUUUUGUGUGGGAGUGUCUGGGUGUAUUGUACAGAUUGAUUGGUUGUUUUGUAACGCCCUGUGGGCUGUACUAUGUUUGUGGAUUGGGAAUAAAAGAGACUGUAUGUGACAGUACAGGGAGUUCCUGUUUUAACCCUCAAAGUGAAGUGUCGUCUCAUUAUUGGGGAAGGAUUCAUUGUAUGCUGUUCCAGUUUGACUGCUAGGAGAGUAAACCUAUUCGUAUGGUUCCUAUUCAACUGUCUACAGCAUUCAUAUGCUUGGGAGAAUUUAUUUGUUUCUCCGGUUCAGUGAUUGUGGUGUCUGCCAGAGUGCUUGGAGUCCUCAGGAAGCGCUAGGAGCAUCCUUCAACGGAGGUACUCAGUCGGGGUGCCAGGCGAUCCGUUACAAUUCUUAAUUUUGAUAGCUUGGGUUUCAAAAGUGCUUUAAGCAGUGCAAUUUCUCUGCAUCCUCAUUUGGAAUGUUUCUUAGCCAAGGGGAAAAAUGGCAGCUAUUUAGGAAAAUGUAGUUAUUUACAUCUACUGGUUUAAAAAAAGUCGUUGUCUUAAUUUUGUUAUCUUCUAUAAAAAUUGUAAGGUCUAACAUGUUCACACUUUUUGUGUUGUAUUCCAUAGUUAGUUUAACCCCCCAGUCAUUUGUAUCCAAAAAUGUUAAAAACGUCUUAAGAAGAGCUUCUGGACCAUUCCAAAUAAAAAAUAUGUCAUCUAUGUACCGCUUAUAGGAGACCAGGUUUGCUCUCCAAUCUAUGUUGUUGUUGAUAUGUUCUUCUUCCCAAAAUGCCAUGAAUAAAUUGGCAUAGCUUGGUGCAAACCUGGUCCCCAUAGCGGUACCUACUUUUUGUAAGAAAAAUUCAUUAUUGAACCAGAAAUAGUUGUUUCUUAAAAUGAGAUCUAUUCCCUCUAUUAUAAAAUCAAUUUGUUCUUCUGGAUACAAAUUGUCCUUCUUCAGAAAAAAAUGUAUUGCCUCUAUCCCUUUAGUGUGUGAGAUGAUUGUGUAGAGGGAGCUAACAUCCACAGUUACUAGGAUGUAAUGUGGUUCCCAUUGUAUAUCCUGUAGUGUCUGAAUGAUGUUCAGUGUGUCCUUAAGGUAAUUACCAGAUUUUACUAAUUACAUGACGUAAAGUCAUGAUUUUAUAAAGGACACGGAGGCGAAUAUUAUGCUUAUCUCUUUCUUUAUUAUACCUCAGCAGCAAAGAGAAGGUAUAAACAUUCAUAGAAAAAAAGUUUUAACAGGUUCUCCAAGGGUUAACCCAACAUCAUACCCUUAACCAAUAGGAACAGUCCCUCUAUCUAUAAUUAUUCAUGUGACCUUUCCACUUCCUCUUUCUUUGGUCAUGCCGAAGCUGUAUCAUUAUAACUUGAGGAGACACUGGAACACUUCAUCCGUUGUGUCGAACUUUCCCAUAUCCCGAACUUGUAAUAACUUGUCUGCGUAAACUGCGGUGACAACUGGUCAUCCAGGGUGUCGCGUAUUGCGAAUUAAACUGUAAUGGGAUGGAGAAAAAAUAUGGUAAAAUGUGGUCUGAGGAACUGUUUGCCACAACGUUAGUGACGAAUCUUAGCAUAUGCCUGAUGUACUACAGACUCACUAGUACAGUUGUCUUAAAGAAAAACGAAUUAAAUCGAGACGAUAUAAGACACAACAAUGACCCUUAUUUUAUUGUUUAUUGGGUGGGCAUGUCACUCUACUUCCGCUGAUAUAUGCCUGAUAUACUUACCGGGUGGGCCAAUAUUCGCCUCCGUGUCCUUUAUAAAAUCAUGACUUUACGUCAUGUAAUUAGUAAAAUCUGGUAAUUUUAUUAAAGGACACGGAGGCUCAUAUUAUGCUAGUUCAAAGCUGUGCAAUGACUCUUGAUGCUAUGUGGUCUGUAGGGUGAAAAUAAUAUUCCUUAAAGGUGGAUUCAUGAGACCAAUCUGCCGUCCGUAACAAAUCUUCCAGUCUGCAUCCCAAGUUGAAUACUUUAGAUGCCAUAGCUCCUCUAGUGGAGUGUGCCCCAUAUACCGAAGUAUCUAUGUUUGCAGAGGCCAUUAUCCACUUCACCCAUCGGGCUAUCGUUAUGGAAGAUACUGGCUGGUGUGGUGACUUGACGGCCAGAAAUAGUUCAGGUUGUCCAGAGUUUCGAAAUGCUUGUGUCCGUGUUUCGUAUUCCUUGAGGCAGGCAAUCGGGCACAGGUUUUUGUUGUGCGGGAAUGCUGGAUAUGACACUGAUGUUGUCGCUGAUUUUGUAUGUCUGGAAAUGUUGAAAGUUACUCCCGUUGGAGUGAACGUGCGUGCGUCGACGUCCAAAGCCCGGACAUCCGAGACUCUUUUGCAGGAUAUUAAGCAUAAGAGCAUGGCCAGUUUCGCUGAAAGUUGUUUCAAUGUGAGGUCAGAGUUCUGUGGCCAUAGUUCCAAAAGAUUUAAGACCACAUUCACGUCCCAUACUGUACUAUAUCGGGGUCGCGGUGGUCUUGCCAAUCGAAUACCGCGUAAGAGCUUGCAUACCAACAGAUGCUUGCCUGCUGGAAAUCCUUCUAUACCCUUGUGUCCCGCCGAGAUCGCUGACCUGUAUACAUUGAUGGUCCGGUAUGCAAGUCCUCGGUCGUAUAGGUGUGUAAUGAAACACAACAGGUGGUUUACAGGGGCACAUACGGGAUCCACGUGUUGUUCCAUGCACCAACCUCUCCAGAUGUUCCAAGCUUUAGAGUAGGAUCGUCGUGUACCCGGAGCCCAGGCUCCCGCCAGGAGUUCGAGAGUUGUUUGCGGAACGUUUGGCACGACCCAGGGACCCCGGAAAGGAGCCACGCUAACAACCUGAAUUGUCCUUGCGCCAUCAGAGGGUGUGGGUUCCCAUCUGGGUCUGAGAGGAGAUGUGGGUCCUCGGGCAGCAUUCUGGGGAGAUCUAUGGACAUUCCCAUGAGUAAAGGGAACCAAGGCUGUGCAGUCCAGAAUGGAGCUAUGAGGACUAGGGACGUCCGUGUGCGGUUGAGGUGCACUAGAGUUCAUGCCAGUAGGGCGAACGGUGGGAACGCGUAUAAUCGUUUGUUCGGCCAUGGUUGUAGGAAUGCGUCCGUAGCCAACGCGUCUGGGUCCGGUCUCCAGCUGAAGAAUUCCGGGAGUUGUGUAUUCAACCGUGACGCAAACAGGUCUAUAUACAUCGGACCCCAUAGAGUGUGCAAUCGUAGGAACGUCUCUCGGUUCAGGCGCCAAUCGCUGGUAUCCCGCAGAUGUCUGGAGUUCCAAUCUGCUACGGUGUUCGAAAGUCCCGGGAUGUAUUCGGCUCGUACUGUGAUGCUGCGUUCUAAGCAAAACUGCCAAAAUUCUGUGGCUAAGUCUGCUAAAAUUUUGGACUUGGUGCCGCCGAGGCGGUUGAUGUACUGGACGGCUGAGACGUUGUCCAUUCUCAGGACGAUGGAGCAAUGCGUUGCGGGACCCAGGAGGCUCUUCAGUGCGAACGAACCCGCCAUUAAUUCCAGGCAGUUGAUAUGUAGUGUCCUUUCUGCUUGGGACCAUUUUCCGCCCGUGGAGGUAUGUCCACAGCGCGCUCCCCAGCCCCGUGUGCUGGCAUCUGAUUCUAUUACGCAAUCUGGGUUGUUGCCGAAGAUUGCUCUGCCGUUCCAUGCUUCCAUGUGCUGCAGCCACCACCUGAGUUCCUCCUUGGCUGUGUGAUCGAGUGGCACAGAGUCUGAGUAGGAGUGUCCUGAGCGCAGUUGUGCGGCUUUUAGUCGCUGUAGGGCCCUGUAGUGUAAAGGCCCCGGGAAGAUCGCUUGUAUGGAAGCGGAAAGGAGUCCAAUUAUCCUGGCUAGUUGCCUGACCGUAAGUGUUGGUCAAGCCAAUGUUCUGCGGAUCUCCUUCUUGAUGAUUUUCAUCCUUGUGGGUGGCAGGCUUAGGGUCCCUAAGACCGCCCCUAUUUCGAACCCUAGGAAUUCUAAGGACUGGGAGGGGGUUAGUACCGACUUCUCCCAAUUGAUUAGGAAUCCCAGGUUCUGUAGUAAAGUUACUGUCCAAUCUAAGUGUUGUUGUAGCAGUAGGGUGUCUUGGGCCAUGAUCAGCAUGUCGUCCAGAUAUAUGAUCAUGCGGACGCCCCUGCUGCGCAGCAGCGCAACCACUGGCUUCAGCAGUUUUGUAAAGCACCAUGGUGCUGACGAUAGGCCAAACGGAAGGCACUGAAACCUCCAGGUCUGGGAGUCCCAACUGAAUUGUAGGAGAUGCUGACACUCCUUUGCAAUGGGGAUGGUGAGAUAUGCAUCUUGGAGGUCUAAUUUGACCAUCCAAUCCCCCAGCCUGAGAAGAUCUCGCAGGCAAUGAAUCCCUUCCAUUUUGAAGUGAUGAUAUCGUACAAAUGUAUUGAGUGGGCGUAGGUUGAUCACUGGUCUUACCCCACCGCCUUUCUUGGGGACCAGGAACAGAUUGCUCACGAACCCUGGGGAGUGGGGCGCGACCUGAUAGAUCGCACCUUUCUCCGCCAGUGCUAUGAUUUCUUUCGACACCAGUUCCCUGUCCUGAGGGGCGAACACCAUCCGCCGUGGCAUUGCGGAUUGGAUUGGGUGUGUGACGAAUUCUAUAUGGUACCCCGCUACUGUAUCGAGAAUCCAGGCAUCGGACGUGAGUCUGUGCCAUGCCCCGAUAAAUUUUGAAAGUCUGCCCCCUACGUGUGAGGUAUGAGAGAGGGGAAAUGGAAAAGCACUUACCAUAAGGUCGUCGGCCGUAUGUGGCACCCCUGUGACCUCUGGGCUGCCAUGAUCUGCCCCUGACCGGGAAGAAAGGUGCGGGGGUUCUGGUCUCCGUCUGUGGGACUCUUGGUGUCGUGGGGCCCCGGUAGCCCCGGUGGGAGCUCCGUGAUGGGCGGCUGGACAGGCGGCCCCUGUACCUGCCAGCCCCUCCAAAAACCUUCGGGGAGAACACCCGUUUUAGGUUUGUUUGUGCCUUAUCCAGGGCUGUAAAUGUGCUCACGUAGGUGCCCAGCUCCUUUACAAAAUUGUCUCCGAAAAGGAGGCCUUUUGCCUGGGGUCCAGGCUCGGUUAUGGCCAUGUUGACCAGCUUGGGGUCUAUUUUCAUGAGAAUUGCCUUCCGCCUCUCAGUACUAAGUGCGGCAUUUGAGUUGCCGAUGAGGCAGAUAGAGCGUUGUGCCCACUCUCGGAUCACUAAGGGGUCUAGUGGUGCGCCACCUGAGAUUGUCUCUUCGACCAAGUCGAAGAUCUUUGCGCUAGGGCCCAAGGAGUCGAGCACCUUAUCCUGGCAGUGGCGCAGGGAGUAGUCUAGCCCUUUUUUGGCUUUCCAGCCAGCCUUACCCAGGAACUGGGCAAUCUUGGGGUCCACCUCUGGCGUGGCGCACGCCAUAUCAGGGACCGUCGGGCGUGGGCACUCUGCCCUUAACUUAUUCCUGGUCGUUUUAUCCAGGGGCUUCCUUAUUCUGGCCGCAAUAUAUUGGGCCACAUGGUCAGCUGGGAACCAGUCUGUGGACCUGGGGUGCUGCAGGUCGUCAGGGUUGAAUAGGGGCUCGCCCUGGGGGUCUAGGAUGAUGGAAUCAUCCGUGGGCGCUUUUCCCUUAGCUGGUAUGACUGCCAGGCUGCGCUCAGGGGAAGAGUUCCCUGAUUCCAACGAGCCGAGUCCCUCGGACUCACUCAUUACCUCCUCUAUGUCCGAACCAGAGUCGGAUGUCUCUGUCUGGGCUUUUGCCCAUUUCCACGUCCUCACCGCUUUUGCCCGGUGGGUGGCUCUUUUGCGUGGGGGCCCCACGUCCUCAGUAGUGACAGGGCGUAUCCUGUCCGUCGUGCUGUUUUUGGAGGUGUGUUUGCCCAUAUGGUGGGUCUUCUGCGUAGCCCUACGGCCGCUGAGGGGCACAGGCUUGUCAGGCUGGGCCAUGGAGCGGGGGCCGCCGGGAUGGCUGCUAGACGCCAGUAUGGCAUUACUAAUGGAUUGUGUCAGGGUUUCAGACAUCGCCCCCAUAGCCGUGACUAUAGCUUGGGUGACCGACUUGGUCAUGGUUGCAUCCAUGAGUGAGUGAAACUCCUCCGAGUUUAACUGAUCCAUGGAUGCCACGUCUUCUCGCAGUGGCGAGCAUGGACGUGUUAUCUGUGACACGUGAUGACUGGUGUCCUUACUGAUAUCAGUGGGGGUGGCAACCCCGUGGUCCCUAAGGUGUUGCAUGACAGGUAGGUUGUAACAAAAGACACCUGGGGUGUGGGAGCAGUGACACCUAAAUGGCAGGUAUACCAAGUGACACAAUGAAAUUUGUACCAGACUGGCACCAAUGUGUGAGAGGAAAAAUGCCCCUAGUGACCCUGUGCAGGGGCUAACAGUAAACCAACUGUGGGCAGUGAGCUCUGAGAACAGUGCAAGUGGGAGGAUGCAGGCACAAACAAAGGCUGUCAGCUUACCAAGUGUUCCCUCCGGAAUGGCCGCCAGGAAGCACUGGUAAGCUGCCAGCCAAUGCAGCUGGCCAAUCAAAGAACGCCCGCCCUCUGUUACAGGGCGGGCGCGGAAAAAAAGCGCGGCACAGCCCAGCCGGCUUACUGGAAAUGGCCGCAGUGCCGAGCGGCCGCUAUUGCGCAUGCGCGAGCGGGCUCUGAAUUCAGAGCGCUCGCGCCACGAAACGGCCGCCGCGGCUCUCAGGGGACAACGAAGAACGGGUAAUAAACUACCUGGUAAGGUGUGGGAGGGGGGUAACCGCCGCAGGGGGGGUGGAUGGAAACCCCAGUGAAAACGUCUAUCUGCCUUAAGGCAGACAGGCGCCGGCUCUAAGAACCGGCUAAGUAACCCACACAAAUACCUAAGACAUAAAAUAUUAACCAAACAAGACACAUAAACAAAACAAUACAAUACUAAUUCAAAGAGGGUGCUCUGAGGAGAGCUAAAAUUAGAUGGUACUUAGCUGAGGCAGCAGCAAAGAAAGAGGAAGUGGAAAGGUCACAUGAAUAGUUAUAGAUAGAGGGACUGUUCCUAUUGGUUAAGGGUAUGAUGUUGGGUUAACCCUUGGAGAACCUGUUAAAACUUUUUUUCUAUGAAUGUUUAUACCUUCUCUUUGCUGCUGAGGUAUAAUAAAGAAAGAGAUAAGCAUAAUAUGAGCCUCCAUGUCCUUUAAUAAAAUUGGGAGUUUUUUGAACGAUGGGUUGUAAAUAUUUAUCCAGGUAUUCCGAUAGUCUACUGGAUACAGAAUUUAUUCCUGAGACUAUCGGUCUACCUGGAGGGUUUAUAAGGUGCUUAUGAAUUUUAGGGAGGUGGUAGAAUACAGGAAUUUUUGGUUUCAUAAUGUUUAGAUAUUUAUAUUCUCUAUCAUUUAAUAUUUCCAUUUCCUUCCCUUUUUGUAACAAAUCAUCAAAUUUAUUUUUGAUAUUAGUCGUUGGAUCACUAGGUAACUUUUGUUUUAAAUAUUUUUAUUGUUUUCACAAUAUAAGUGCAUAUUGCAAACUGGUUCGUAGUAAAGCCAGAGGUUGCCCACGCAGGGGCUUAAGCAGUAAGUUAUAGCAUUCAUUAAGGUGAACGGUCGCCUACGUAGAGGCUUAAAUGUUAGCACAUAGGAAUAGGUGCAGAUUAUCGCCUGCGCAGAGGCGUAAUGAUCAGAACAUAUAGGCGUACUUGAACUUUGCAGGAAUACAUUUCUAAGCAUUACAGCAUAAAAGGUAACAACAUCCUAUAAUGCGUCAAUCUGAGGUAAACUGUAGCUGAUCAUGCAAUAAACAAUUAAACAUUAAGAUGCGCGUAGCUGAUGGCCUUAUUUGUAGUUAAUAAAUCAUGUCAUGUUUCGUGCCAUUAAAUAAGCGGUACUAAGUAACGCGGUGUUAAGUAGCUGUUAGCAUUGUGUCAUUGCCCUAUCAACUGCGCAACAGGCUCGCUGUGUAAUGAAUGUGCAACUAUUAAAGUGUAUAUCCUAUGUACAAGGGCUUAUGCAAGAGGGAACAUUAGCAUGGUUAGCCCUAGCUAAACACAUUUGAACUUUUAACAUAUAAGUCACUUCGCUGGAGGGGGCGUAAUGGCGCCCGGUAUGUUGAAGCCAUCUGGUGUGAAAUUGGCAGUCUUCUUCGCAGCUUUUAUUCUGGCAUGACCUUCCCAUGGCUAUCUCUGAAUGAUGCUGCACAUGGUGGGUCAGCUGUACCCCCCCUGAGUCUCUCCGGGUCCCCCGGGUGUGACAGCGCCCUCCCUUUCCCACCCCAAGUCGUGUUUCCGCAUCUUUAGGGGGCACAACCCCGCUGUGGGCACUCGGAGGCCGGAGCUGUCCGGCGGCCUCCCCACCUUAGAGUCCACUGGGCUCCCGCCUCCUGCACCUCCCCAGCUUCAGCAGGGCCUCCUUGGGGCCCCAGCCCUGACUUGCCACCUCCUCCUCCGGCCACUUACAUGUUGCCGGCGCGUGCCCUCCGGCCACCGGUCCACGGCUGGCCCGCGCUUCUCAGCCCCACCGGGCUCACAGAGUUGGGGGUUGUUUCUCCCGGACCCCCACCAAAUCCGGGGUUCAGGACCGGCUUUCCAGCGACUCGUCCGCCGCCCGGGGUGGUCCAGUAGUGAGCUCCGCCGUCUCGGGGGUCCCGGUAUCCCAGCGCGGGAUUUCUGCUGUGUGCUAGUCGUCCUGUGAUGCUGUGCGGGUACUGUGUAUCCGUCGGCCAUUGUAGCUCCGUGUACAGGAGCGUCGUGUACCGGGCGUGCCUCCUCCUCCAGCCUCCGAUGUUCCGACUUUGGGCCGGGAUCACCCCCCCGGCCGGGUGGGGGGGGGGAGCGGGGCCGGGCCAGGUCACCCUCGCCUUACUUGCAUGCUGUGGGUCCCGCUCUUGUAGCGUGGUUGAGGCCUCCGGGGUCACUGUGUGAGCCGGAUGUUCAAUAUGUGCUCUAGCGUUGCACUCCCCGGUUCCUCUCUGCCGGAUUACCUCUCUGGUGUCGGUUUUCGGCAUGGAUCGUGAGUAUUUUAAAGGUUUUAGGCUUUUCUAUGCCGGAGCCGGCGUGAGUUGCAGCCGUUCGGCUCGGCGGCCCGGCCCCGCCCCAUCGAUCACUAGGUAACUUUUGAUACGUUUCUUCAUCCCCUACUAAUCUAAGACCCUCUUGUAAGUAAUCUUCUGUAUUCAUAACUACAAUUCCCCCCCUUUAUCGGCUGGUUUGAUGACCUUGUUCUUAUCCUCUGAAGUGUUUUUAGUGCCCGCCAUUCUUCUCUACUUAAAUUCAUAUAUUUUUUAUCCCUUGGCUUAAUUUUGUUUAUUUCUUGCAUGACUGUUUUUUCAAAUGAUACCAUUUCUUUGGAGAUGAAAUUGUUUGGAAAAAAAGUAGAUUUUUCCCUAAGGUCUGUGUGUACAUAUUUCGACACGGGAACUUGAUGUAUUGAUUUAUCUGACCUUAGAAAAUAUUUCUUUAGACAUAACUGUCUUUUGUAUCUGUUUAGGUCUAUAAAUAUAUCGAAUUUGUUUUAUGGUUGUGUUGGGGCAAAUUUCAGUCCCCUAUUUAAAAUCUUUUGUUGGACCUGUGGUAAAGGUUUUCCAGUUAGAUUAAAUAUAAUUGAUUGGGUAUGUGUAGUUAUUUUUUUUAUCUUAUUAAGUGUCUUUCCUCCUCGGGUUCCCCUCCUCUUAAAUUUACUUUUUGUUUGGGGGGCGUGUUCUGGGGUGAAGAAAUAUUUUUGGGGGAUUGGGCCGCUUUGUAUUUCCCUUUUUGGCGUCCCUCCUGAAAAAAAUCAUCCUCACUUUGUCUGUCUGUUAAAACGUGAAAUCUAUUAUUAAUGCUUAUGUGGUUUCUUUGUAUCUCCUUUCUAUUUCGUGUGAGGAUAGGUGAUCUUUCUCUUUCCUUUUUACCUUGUUCGUGUCUAUCUUUAGUUUGGACUGGUGUGACUUUCGUGUAUCUUGAUUGUGGUAUAGGAAAUCUUAAGUGAGGUGAUCUAGUCCUUGAGUGGUGUCUCCUAUCUCGUGAAUCCUUUCGUCUUUGAUAAGGUUGUUUCUGACUUCCGUCAUAUUGAUUUCCUCGUCUGACUAUUUGUGAAUAACUACUCUUUUCAUGUUGUGAAAAAUUCCUGUUGUCAUAAUACCUAGAAUUACUAUUAGUUCUUAUCCCCAUGUGUUUAUUCCUUGUUGUAUAAGUGGUGACCUGAUUAUUAUCAUAAUCAUAUCUAUCCCUUUUGUAUUUCUUUCUUUUUAUGUUUAUGGUUUCUGUCUCUGUUUUAUCUAUAUGUUUUUGAAUGGUUUUUGUAAUGGUUUCAUAUUCCUCAGGGGAAGUAUGAUUUAGAAGUUGGGUUUGAAUUUCAUUUAUAUCCCCAUCUAGUUUUUGUAGGGUAACCUUCCUCCUUUUAAUUAUCAUUUUCAUGGUGGUGAAGUCGAAUGUUUCCAACAUCUCCUGCCAUGCCCCCAUGAAAUCUUCCUCUCCUUUAUCAAAUGUAGGGUAUUUGUUAUAUCUUAGACCCCUAGGAGUAAUUUUUUCUUUUAUGUAUUUCUCUAAAGUUGCUACUUCCCAGAUUAUUCGAACUUCUUGAUUCAUAGCCUCUGUUAGUUUAUAUUGACAUUCUCUAAGAUCACACGUAUUAGUCUGAGGUUGAGAAUUAUAAUUUGGGAUAGAAGUAUCAAACAUAGUAUCUAUAUUUGUACAAUAAUUCUUCCUUCUUUCAAAUAGUGACAUAUUGUCAGCUGCCUCCACACGAACAAGGAGUAGGAUAUACAAAGAGAUUGAAUAUAUACACAAAAGAUGUGGAAAAGGUGGCGCUAUACAGUUGAUAAAAUAUUUGAAUAGAUUACAGCUGCUAUAUACACCCCGUGGGUACUCCUUUUAACCCACCACACAUAGAAAAACACCAAAAAACAGACAGAGGAGCUUUGGAUUUAGUUGAUAUAUUUUACCACUUAAAUCCUCAGCUUCUCUCGAGUGUAGCGCUAAGUAUAAAUGUAUACAGUGGGUAUUAUCAGUGAAAAAAGUGCUACAAAGGCACUUACCCUCUAUGUGAAGCUUAUGCUGUCUUUAUAGUAUAUAGAGAGAAACAUCGGUGAAACGCGUUUUGGCUAAAUAGGUGGAUCUGUCAGUAGACCACUAAAUACAUUUGUAUUUUCUUUCUAUGCUUUUAUUGUUUUUUAUUUUAUAGAAAAAGUAUAUAUACAUUUUAAAUAAUACUUUCUUUAAAUAAAUCUAUAUAUUUUUUAUAUUUACCAUUGGGUUGCAUCCUGCACAAGUGAUUCAAGAGGGGUAGUGUCACCCCAGUAAUUGACACUAGGCCUAUACACUUAGAGCCAGUUACCAAAAGGCUCUAAAUAAGGUGAGCAAUUCUGUAUUUUAUUUAUAUUGAUUUAUAUCAGUAUUUAAAAUACUACACUUAGAUUGGAAAUAUCUGUGUCUUUUUUCUACCCAAUGUGGAGAGGAAUACACGCUAUUUCACCUUGAAAGAUGGGUCGUGUGAUCUACCCAAAAAGACACAGACAUCUGGAAGUUUAGAGCUUUAAAACUGUAAAAGGCUCUAAAUAAUGUGAGUUUAUUUCAAUUUACAACUCGCAGAAAAAAGACUUUUCCCAAAUAUUUAUUUGACAUACUGCACCAUUAUUUGUGUUUUUUUCUGUUUUCUGUUUCUCUCUAUAUACUAUAAAGACAGCAUAAGCUUCACAUAGAGGGUAAGUGCCUUUGUAGCACUUUUUUCACUGAUAAUACCCACUGUAUACAUUUAUACUUAGCGCUACACUCGAGAGAAGCUGAGGAUUUAAGUGGUAAAAUAUAUCAACUAAAUCCGAAGCUCCUCUGUCUGUUUUUUGGUGUUUUAACUUCCAUUGCAUGUAAUUAGCUUCAUGAUUACAAAGGUGUUUAGUAGUGAAACAUUGAGAGGAGUUAAAAAAUGCACAUUAUAGAACAUUUUAGACAUUUGGUUAGAAUGAAAAUGUUUGGACAAACAAAAUAAAAUGGUUUUGGUCAUUGAACAUGAUAUGUGGAGGGGGAGACAACAGAGCCGCACAAUAAAGGGUUACAUAGAAACAUAGAAACAUAGAAUGUGACGGCAGAUAAGAACCAUUCGGCCCAUCUAGUCUGCCCAAUUUUCUAAAUACUUUCAUUAGUCCCUAGUCUUAUCUUAUAGUUAGGAUAGCCUUAUGCCUAUCCCACGCAUGCUUAAACUCCUUUACUGUGUUAACCUCUACCACUUCAGCUGGAAGGCUAUUCCAUGCAUCCACUACCCUCUCAGUAAAGUAAUACUUCCUGAUAUUAUUUUUAAACCUUUGUCCCUCUAAUUUAAGACUAUGUCCUCUUGUUGUGGUAGUUUUUCUUCUUUUAAAUAUAGUCUCCUCCUUUACUGUGUUGAUUCCCUUUAUAUAUUUAAAUGUUUCUAUCAUAUCCCCCCUGUCUCGUCUUUCCUCCAAGCUAUACAUGUUAAGAUCCUUUAACCUUUCCUGGUAAGUUUUAUCCCGCAAUCCAUGAACCAGUUUAGUAGCCCUUCUCUGAACCCUCUCUAAGGUAUCAAUAUCCUUCUGAAGAUACGGUCUCCAGUACUGUGUACAAUACUCCAAGUGAGGUCUCACCAGUGUUCUGUACAAUGGCAUGAGCACUUCCCUCUUUCUACUGCUAAUACCUCUCCCUAUACAACCAAGCAUUCUGCUAGCAUUUCCUGCUGCUCUAUUACAUUGUCUGCCUACCUUUAAGUCAUCAGAAAUAAUCACCCCUAAAUCCCUUUCCUCAUAUGUUGAGGUUAGGACUCUAUCAAAUAUUCUGUACUCUGCCCUUGGGUUUUUACGUCCAAGAUGCAUUAUCUUGCACUUAUCCACAUUAAAUGUCAGUUGCCACAAUUCUGACCAUUUUUCUAGUUUAGCUAAAUCAUUUGUCAUUUGGCUUAUCCCUCCUGGAACAUCAACCCUGUUACAUAUCUUAGUAUCAUCAGCAAAAAGACAUACCUUACCAUCAAGACCUUCUGCAAUAUCACUAAUAAAAAUAUUAAAGAGAAUGGGUCCAAGUACAGAUCCCUGAGGUACCCCACUGGUGACAAGUCCAAGCUUCGAAUAUAUUCCAUUAACUACAACCCUCUGUUGCCUGUCACUCAGCCACUGCCUUACCCAUUCAACAAUAUUGGAAUCCAAACUUAAAGAUUGCAGUUUAUUGAUAAGCCUUCUAUGUGCAACAGUGUCAAAAGCCUUACUGAAAUCUAGGUAAGCAAUGUCUACUGCACCACCCUGAUCUAUAAUUUUAGUUACCCAAUCAAAAAAAUCAAUAAGAUUAGUUUGGCAUGAUCUCCCUGAAGUAAACCCAUGUUGUCUCUGAUCUUGAAAUCCAUGUGUUUUUAGAUGUUCAUCAAUCCUAUCCUUUAACAUGGUUUCCAUCACUUUCCCCACUACUGAAGUAAGGCUUACUGGCCUAUAGUUGCCCGACUCCUCCCUAUUACCUUUCUUGUAAAUGGGCACAACAUUCGCUAACUUCCAAUCUUCUGGGACUACUCCUGUUAACAAUGAUUGGUUAAAUAAAUCUGUUAAUGGUUUUGCUAGUACACCACUAAGCUCUUUUAAUAGCUUUGGGUGUAUUCCAUCAGGUCCCAUUGACUUAUUUGUCUUUACUUUUGACAGUUGAAAUAGAACCUCUUCCUCUGUAAACUCACGUGUAAUAAAUGACUCAUUUAUCCUUUUUCUCAACUGAGGUCCCUUUCCUUCAUUUUCAUCUGUAAAUACAGAACAAAAAUAUUCAUUGAGGCAGUCAGCUAGACCUUUAUCCUCUUCUACAUACCUUCCUUCUUUUGUUUUUAAUCUAACUAAUCCUUGUUUUACUUUUCUUUUCUCAUUUAUGUAUCUAAAAAAUGUUUUAUCCCCCUUUUUUACUGACUGUGCUAUUUUCUCUUCUGUGUGUGAUUUGGAAGCUCUUAUAACUUGCUUAGCCUCUUUCUGCCUAAUCUUAUAGAUCAUUUUGUCUUCCUCACUCUGGGUUUUUUUAUAAUUCCUAAAUGCUAACUUUUUGUUUUUAACUAUUUUGGCCACAUCUGCGGAGUACCACAGUGGUUUCUUGAAUUUUUGCUUUUACUGACAAGCCUAAUGCAAUUUUCUGUUGCCUUCAAUAGUGCAACUUUUAAAUAAUCCCAUUUUUCUUGGACUCCAUUUAAAUUGCUCCAGUCUGAUAAUGACUCCUCUACCCAUAUUCUAAUUUUAGAAAAGUCUGUUUUUCUAAAGUCUAAAACUUUUGUUUUUGUGUGGUGUGACUCAGUCACUGUUCUUAUAUUAAACCACACUGACUGAUGAUCACUGGAUCCUAAACUUUCACCUACAGUAAUAUCUGAUACCAAAUCUCCAUUUGUUAACACUAAAUCUAGUAUGGCCUCUUUACGAGUUGGCUCCUCAACAACUUGUUUUAGAGACAAUCCCAGUAGGGAGUUUAGAAUAUGUGUGCUCCUGGCACAAGUAGCUAAUUUUGUUUUCCAAUUUACAUCAGGAAGAUUAAAGUCACCCAUGAUGAUAACUUCCCCUUCAUUGUCAUUUUAGCUAUUUCCUCAACUAGUAGAUUAUCUAACUCUUCAAUUUGUCCUGGGGGCCUAUAAAUCACACCUACACGAGUUACUGUGUGAUUACCAAAUUCUAACGUAGCCCAAACGGACUCUAUGUUUGCCUCGCUAACUUUUAUUAGGCUAGAUUUUAUGCUAUCCUUCACAUACAAGGCCACCCCUCCCCCUUUCUUGCCUUCCCUAUCUUUCCUAUAUAAAGAGUACCCUGGUAUUGCUAUGUCCCAGUCAUUUUUCUCAUUGUACCAUGUCUCAGUAACAGCGACUAAAUCUACACUAUCAGUUGCCAUUAUUGCCACAAGUUCAUGGAUCUUAUUUCCUAAACUGCGAGCAUUUGUAGACAUGACUCUAAGCUUAUCAUUUUUUAACACACUUGCUACAGGCACCUUCUGUCCUUGUUUUGGGGGGCAAUUGGAUUGAUGUUUUAUCACCCUUUUGCCCCCCCGCCCCCUCCUAGUUUAAAUACAUCCUAGCAAAACCGCUGAACUGAUCACUGAGAACAUUUGUUCCCUUUUGCGAAAGAUGCAAACCAUCUUUUUUGUACAGCUUAUAUCCAUUUCAAACAGAGCUACCAUGAAAAAUAAAGCCAAAUCCUUGCUCCGACACCAUUCACCAAGCCACAAAUUAAAGUCCCUAAUACGCAUCCGCCUGUCGUUCUGAGUGUUAUGCACAGGCAGAACUUCAGAGAAUGACAGUGUGGAAGCAACCUGCCGUAUAUCAUUGGCAAAAACACUAAAAACUUCCUUAACCUCUGAAACCUCAUUGCAAGCCAAGUCAUUUGUCCCUAGAUGGACAAGUACAUCCAAUUCCCCUUCCUGCUUUGCUUGCUUAACAAUAUUACAGAUACGUCUCCUGUCUCUGUGAGCAGUAGCUCCGGGAAGACACCUCACAAGACCACCAUUGUCCAUCUCCACACCUCUUAUAAUGGAAUCCCCCAACAACAACUGCUUUCUAUUAGGCCUCACCAUAGUCUCCAAGCCGGUCUCCACAACACCACUAGCUCAGUGCCUCUCUCCACAACACCACUAGCCUCAGUGCCUCUCUCCACAACACCACUAGCCUCAGUGCCUCUCUCCACAACACCACUAGCCUCAGUGCCUCUCUCCACAACACCACUAGCCUCAGUGCCUCUCUCCACAACACCACUAGCCUCAGUGCCUCUCUCCACAACACCGCUAGCCUCAGUGCCUCUCGCCACAACACAGCUAGCCUCAGUGCCUCUCGCCACAACACAGCUAGCCUCAGUGCCUCUCGCCACAACACAGCUAGCCUCAGUGCCUCUCGCCACAACACAGCUAGCCUCAGUGCCUCUCGCCACAACACAGCUAGCCUCAGUGCCUCUCGCCACAACACCACUAGCCUCAGUGCCUCUCGCCACAACACCACUAGCCUCAGUGCCUCUCGCCACAACACAGCUAGCCUCAGUGCCUCUCUCCACAACACCACUAGCCUCAGUGCCUCUCUCCACAACACCAUUACACUCUGAAAGUGCAGAAAAUGAAUUAUGAAGAGCAACAGACUGUGCAAAAUGCCUUUUAUCCACAACUCUAAGUCUACCAGAUCCUACAGUAAUCCAUCUGCCUUUCCUAGCAUGUCUCUGCGGCAGUGGCUUUGCAGCAGUUCCAGUCUGAGAUUCUUCACCAGAUAAUUUACAAAUCUCAGACUUCAAAAAUACAAUCUCCUGCCGCAAGAUAGAGAACUGUCUACAGAUUAGACAACAACCAAACCUCCAAAAAGUGGAACGUGAAACAAAUGCAUAGCAAUUGUUACACUGAACUAAGUCUGCCAUUACAAUUAUGAGAAUAAUUUAAAUCUAACAAAUCUUAACUUUUUUCUUUAUCCUCCUGAAUACCUCAGAAUACCUCAGAAUACCUCCAGAAUAUCUCCAACUAGACACUUAGAAACAGCACUUGGAAGUAGCACCAAGCUAUAUUAGACAAGCUAAUGAGACCAAGCCUUAUAUAACUCCUUAAAUCACCGCCCACUAGGAAUGUUUAACACCUGGGUAGGCCUCUGCUUAUUUGCAAACAAUAGCUAAUUAACCAGCAAUCAACAGCAAGUAACUAGCUUAAUCAAAUCAAAUGCCUUAUAAUUACCAACAGGAAUUCAAACCUUGGGCAAUCAGUAACCUUUUCCUACAGAUGAAUCUUACCUGUAACAGUAGAAAAGAAAGCUCUUAGCACAACUCUUAGACAGUUGAAGCUUCUGUAAAACUCUCCAGAAUAUCUCCAACUAGACACUUAGAAACAGCACUUGGAAGUAGCACCAAGCUAUAUUAGACAAGCUAAUGAGACCAAGCCUUAUAUAACUCCUUAAAUCACCGCCCACUAGGAAUGUUUAACACCUGGGUAGGCCUCUGCUUAUUUGCAAACAAUAGCUAAUUAACCAGCAAUCAACAGCAAGUAACUAGCUUAAUCAAAUCAAAUGCCUUAUAAUUACCAACAGGAAUUCAAACCUUGGGCAAUCAGUAACCUUUUCCUACAGAUGAAUCUUACCUGUAUAAAUUAUAGAAAAUUAAAGGUACGCCUUUAAGGUCGCACAAGCAUCAUUGGACAUUUAGUUCAGAAAUAGAAGCCACAGGCACUAAGCAAUGUAGCAUAUACAGUAUGUAUGGUGGCAAUGAAGGAGUCAAUCUGCCUUGUCUGGGAUUGGAAGGUAGGGAAGUUUACAUUUGUGGCAGUCGGUCCGUUAGACAGGUAUCUGGGCAUAAUUGGUGACAUUGCUCUAGCUGGGGACUGGAGCUGGCCUGUGAUUGGUUGAAGGUUGCAAGCAUUAAAAGAGCGGGAAACUGGGGCAGUAUAAAAAGCAGGGAGGUGCCAAUAGCAUUCAUUCAUCAGCAAUUCUAUUCAUCUAUGCCAAAUUUAAAAAAACUUUACUUUGGAAGGCGUGCGCUCUCCACAAGAGAAGUCCAAAUAAGUGCACUAAUACACCCAAGUCUUCCUAGUCUUUCUCCUGAGUGUUUCAUAAUGUUACGAUUACUUGGAGCUUCGGGACCCACCAGUCCCCACAUCUCUGAACUGAGUUCUGCGAUGCCUAAGUGACAUGUGCCAUCUGUCUGACUAGUCCCAUGCUCAAAAGUGUAAAUAUCGUAGGGGUUGAUCUAAACACCGGAGGGUGGCAUAGUAUGCCCAGCCGUUCUGCUGCCUUACCUGGACCGGUGAUCUGCGUGGAUUCCGGUUGGAGGGGCACUGCCUGAGAGCCCAGCAGUCCCCCUGCAGCCACUGAGGUCCUCCAGGGCCAUGUGAUCACAUGGCCGCAAUGGGAGUCUAGGGAGCUGCCUGCAGGGGGGCUGUCAGGUAGCUCAUGAAGAUUGUAUUGGUGGAUUUUAUGUCCCGGCUAGCAGAGACCUUGAACUUGCUAGUUCGGGAGUGCCAUCUAUGGAGCUAGCUGAUUUCAUCACCAGAUCAUUCAAGCGCCAAUAAGGUGCCCCUGGUAGCUUCUUAUAGUAAAGGGUUCUCGGUGUUUAACAGAAGUUCCUGGGUGCAGCUUGAUGCACCCUAUGUAGAUGUGCGCUCUUGUGCAGUAUAGCCGAAAUAAAAUUCAGCUAUGAGGUUUACAGCUUCUGAACUUAAAGGGACAGCACCUUGAAGAAAAGAAGAUGGGUAAGUAGCCUGUCCUUCUCUCCUGUAUCUGUAUUAGGUCAGGGUAGAGUAGAGGGCCAGGAACUAGAACUUAGGAGAACUUGGAUGAUGGGAGUGAACAUCAUCUGAAUGAUAACCCAGUUCUUCUAGACAUGAGGUAAAAGGCAGAGCUGGUACUUAAGGUGGUUAGUAUGAACACUAAGCUGAUGGAUUAGCGAAGCAGUAGUUUUGGUACCCGAUGGUUACAUUUAAAUAACAAUUUUUUUCAUUUUUUUUAAAAAUCCUGCUCAGACUUGGAUAGCAUGAGUAGAAGUUAACGUUAAAAUAAUGUUAAUUUGUCAUUAUUAUUUACCUUACAUUUUUUUUAAAUAUUAAUAAAAUAAAAUAAUUUUAGAGAAGAACAUGAAAAAGUAAAGACUCGUAGGUUAAUUUCAUGUUAUUUUUUUCAAUAACAAUACAGAAGAGAAAAUAAUGGGGGGGAAUACAAUAAAUAACUACCAUCCAAUAAUAUAUUUUAAGUGUAUAUUAAAGCAGAAUUAUAAUAAUAAUAUACAGGAGUGGUAAAAUUAAAAUGUCAGAUGUGUCUUAAAAGGUAUUUUACCAUCCGGUCUGGUGCAGGUCUAAUGAAAAACUUGUAGGCCAUAACUGCCCCUGAUGCCCUCUUCCCAGAGUGUCCACUCAUGUUUUAGUAAGUCCACAGCAGCAGAAGGUGUCCUAAAGGCCAACUCAUUGCGCAAUACCUCAGUCAUAGAUGGAAUGGUAAAUUCCAUGCUUUUUUUAAUGUCCGACUUUAAGCUUUUGUACUUUCUAAGCCACCAUGAGAAAGGAAGCGGAGUUUACAUAGUGGAUUUGUUCAGCAUUCGGAAGAUAUACUGUUGAAAUCGAAAUUAUUCAACCUCCAUUGAAAAUCAGGUUUAUUGUCAAAAUGUACAAACCUUCAGCUGUUUGCAAUGAACAAAUCAAACAAAAACAAAAAAGUGACUUUCCCAAAAUUCAACUGAAAAUGCAACUUAUAAUGGCAUGUCCAGUUUCAAACUUAAUCAACCCCCUGAAUAUAAACACAGCACAAAUAUGCAAAACAGGUGUUGUCUCAAGCACACUUAAGAUAACUAAUCAAGGGCUUCAUUAGUUGCACCAUGUGUGCUUGAAGUGGAACACUUGAAUUGGCUAGGGGCUUGUUGAAUGUCACAUUUCUCUGCAUGUUAGAAAUAUGGCUAAGUACAAAUGUUGGAAGCAGUUUUCUCUUUAAAUGUCUUCCACUUUGCCUCAAUAUGGUACCUAUUUUCUAAGUAACCGAUCAUUAUUUUGCAUGGUACUAUGAUUGUGUGAUUCUCUCGUUCUCACCGAAAAAUCUAAAUAAAGAUUGUCAAAAAAAGAAUAUGGUUAAUUUAAAAAAAAUGGUCCACAAAUUUAACAGAAGAGAUCAUCGCCCUUCACAAACAAGGUACAGGAUACAAAAAGAUAGCAAAGGCACCGGAAGACACCGUUGGAAGCAUAGUUCGCAAGUACAAGGUUGAAGGAACAGGUGGACAGGGCAAAAAAAGGACGCUAUCAAUAGCAGAAAUCAGAUUUCUGAGAAGGCAGGUUGUGAAAAACCCUUGAGUGACUGCAAAAGACCUGCAGCAAGACUUGGUGGCAACGGGCACUGAGGUUUCAAUGAGCACAGUUAGAUGCGUACUAAACGCAGAAGGUUUCCAUUCCAGAACUCCAAGAUGUACACAACUACUGACAGAAAAUAAGAGAAAAUCAUAUAAAUAAGAGAACUUUUGGAAUUCUGUUCUGUGGAGCAAUGAACCAAAACGGCAACUUUUUAGCCCAAUGCAUCAGCAGUAUGUCUGGAAGAAGAAGAAUGAAGCAUGUGCUGAAAAGAACACUCUGCCAGUUAAGUAUAGUGGUGGUUCGGUGAUGCUUUGGGAAAGCUUUGCCUCCUCUGGCACUGGAAACCUGCAGCCUGUGGAAGGCAAGAUGGAUUCAUUGAAGUAUCAGGAAAUCCUAGGCGAAAACGUCAUGUGAGGAAGCUGAAGCUUGGGCGUCAUUGAACCUUCCAACAAGACUGAUCCCAUGCAUACUUUAAAUUCCACCAAGGCUUGGUUGUAGAAGUCCUGGAAAAUUCCACAGUUACCAUCACAGUCACAUGACUUAAACCCUAUAGAUCAUCUCUAGUGGGAUUUAAAGAAAGCGAUUGAAGCACGCAAACCCAAGAAUAUUACCGAACUGAAGGCCAUUGUUUAUGAGCAAUGGGCUAAUAUUCCUCAGGAAUGCUGCCAGAAAGUGGUGUCUGGCUAUGCAUCUCGUUUGCAGAAGACCAAAACAGCAAAAGGGUGCUCUACUAAGUACUAAAGAUGCUUGCCAUGAAGGGGUUGAAUAAUUUUGAGACUGGAUAAGUCUGCCGAUUUUUGCUGCAAUGUAAUUACAGGACCCACCAUUGUGACGUGCUAAAAUAACUAAACUGGCUGUCGCUGGAAUCCAGACGCACCCUUCAUCUUUCCAGUCUUGUGUUUAAGAACUUUUCUGGGAAGCUCCCACCCUACCUGAGUGAAUGCUCUCCCCGCCUGUUCCCACCUCCUAUAACCUCCAAUUCAGUACCAGCACUUUAUUUAAUCUACCUCAAUACAAAAAGAAAGGCAGCCCGAUCCUCCUUUUCCUACAGAGUGCCGCAAUUGUGGAAUGACCUCCCUCACAAUUUAAAAUCUUCCCUAAGCCUAAAGUCCUAUAAGAGAUCCCUCUCUACAUACCACAAAACAGAAUGCACGUGUCAUGGUUGAUCAUAUAUUUCCUACCUGUUCUAUGUUAAAUUUUGUAUAUAUUGUGUAUUAAUAUUGUUUUUGUAUUUUAUUGUACACUAUUGUAUCAAUGCAAUGAUUUGUGGACCCAGGACAUACUUGAAAACGAGAGAAAUCUCAAUGUAUCUUACCUGGUAAAAUAUUUUAUAAAUAAUAAUAAUUAUAAGUUGCAUUUUCAGUUGAAUUUGGGGGAAACCACUUGAAACAUUCGUUGUAUUGAGCUAUUUCAAUUGUUUUUGUUUAACCCCUUAUGACGAGUGAUGGACGAGGUCCGUCACUCAGGGGAUUGCCAUAACGACAAGUGAUGGACCUUGUCCGUCACCCGUUAAAAUUAACCCCGGAUCGCCGCUAUUGCGGCGAUCGCGGGGUUAAUGGUGCUCCGGUCUGCCUCUGUAUUAUCCGGGAUCGAGCACCUGUGCUUAGUAUACUUACCUUCCGCCUCCCUGCACAUCCUAGUUCUGUGUGAAGUGCAGGGAGACGGAUCAGUGAUGAUCCUGCCCCCUGUUAAAAACAAAAAAAAGUUUAUUUAAAAUCCCAUCCCCCUUUACCCAUUUUAAUUAAAAAUUAACCCCUUCCCUGCCAAUUGAUCACUGAGUACAGUGAUCAAUUGGCAGGGAUUACAUUUUACUGUCAUCUGAUUAUUAUUUUUAACCCCUGAGGGUUAAAUUUUUUUUUUUUUUAACCCUCAGGGGUUAAAUUUAUUUAAUUAAUUAAUUUUAAUAUUUUAAAAUUAUAUGUUUAGCUAGCUGGGGUGGGUGGAAGUUAGUGGGGAAUUGGGGGAUUUGGUGCUAGGCUAACUAGGUGUUAACGUUAAAAAAAAGUUUUAAAAUAAACUUUAAAAAGUUACGAAUUAAGCUAAAAAAAAAAGUUGUAAUAACAUUUAAGUAAAAAAUAAAAAAAAACACCCCCCCUUUACCAAGUCCAAAUAAAAACACUUAUUACUACUACACUUGGUACAAGCUAGCGGAAAAAUUAUCCCACGCUAAGGUUCAAAAUAUACCUUUUGAAAUACCCUGGAGUGUCUACUUUAAGAAAUGGUAGGCCUUUGUGGGGUAGUUUGAACUUAAACCCUGCUAAGAUGCUUGGAAAUUGCACAUAGGCCCAGCGUCAAAAUUCAAAGUUCGGUAAAAACUGAUAUGGCUUGGUCUCCUAUAUGGCACUGUAGCUUCACAAAAUAGUGCCAAAGAUAUUCAUUGGGGGUGUCUUUUUACUCAGAAGACUUAGCCGAGCAUAAUUUGGGAGGGUUUGAACUUAGUGGCACGUGUGAAAUAUGUAGAGUUGAAGACUCCCGAGAGAAACCAUGAGGUGAGUGGGUAUUAGGCUAGGCCACACUUGCCAUGGAGGGGGUAAUUUACGCUUAUCGAGUCGCCGACCACCUCCCUGCAUAGCAGGUAAUUCAGAUAGCUUAGUCUUUGUUUGUUCAGUCCCAGAUCAGGCAUUAAUAUGUGUAAAAAAAGCUCCCUAUAGCAGGCUGAUGGAGGAGCUCCUCUCAGAUGCGUCUGUCCUUCAUGGCAGUCAUGCCCCGCCCCCUCAUGCUCUCCAUUAACACAUUUCAAUUCCAGAGGAUAUUACAGUAAUGCUUGAAAUACAUCGGUUGAAAAGGUAAUUUACAUCUUAUUCUUUCAUAUUUGGCUGCGGCAAAGCGGCUACAUUGGGUUGGUGCAAAUAAAAUCUAAAGGAUUGGGAGAUGGAAUCAGACCUUUAUUUCAGUUAUUCGUGCGUGAUGAUUUGAUAUAAUGUUAUCUCUUCCUCUUGUCAUUCUUUUAUUAUUUUCUUCAGGUACCAUAACAAAUGUUUGGAUUCUCGGUCACUGUGGUGUCUAGUGGGCCAUGCAAAGAGCAGGAGCCAGAAUAUAUGGACGGAACCUGAACUUCAAUCAGGACAACAUAGUCAUUUAGUUGAUCUGAGACUUUUGGAAUUAAUGGUUAUUAUAUUGGAUUGUUCUACAUAGCCAGUUCCAGGUGUAUUUAUAUAAUAAUCCACAUACGUGUGAUGUAGGUUUGUUAAGUCUGUUCAUUUGUGGCUUGGUUUAAAUUUGUGGAUUAUUAAGGUAUUAUUUCCUGUACCUGUUUUAGUUUGGUCAGAGAGCAAGAGGGUGAGAUCCAGCUAAUUCAUUGUUCCCAAAAAGGGGUAACAUUGGCUUUGUUAAAUAUCUUAAUUUACUGCAUUGUUUAAUGUUUUAGUUCAAUUUGUGUAUUAUUUCCUUCAGCCUUUUUAUUUUGUUAAGGAGAGGGCCCUGCACUUGCGAUGCUUAGAAUCGCAAAAGUAAAGGUGCUGGAAAGGGUGCGUAAUAAGCUAAAUUUAACAAAUUAUUUUUUAAUGUUGCCGCUGCUUGGUGUUUUUGCAUACAUCUAUAUAGUAAGGUUCAGGUUAAUUUGUCAACUGUUGGUGUUAAUAUAUUUGGAGUUACAAAGCAUGAUAGAAAGUGAUUUGUUGGUGUCUAUCACAGUUUAAGCUGUGGAGCAAAAGUCAUUCUCAGGGGCAAGUUCUGAGGAAGAAUAUGGUGGUAAAUGGUUUUAGAUAAAAGGCGAACAGGUCAUCUAUGACUAACUGGCAGUUUGGUGGUUAAUACAGUUAAGUUUUGAAAGGUUACAGUUUGUUAUAUGUUUAUCAAAAAUAGUUAUUAAAUUAUGCUUGUAAGCCCCUUAAGCUUUGAAUAAACACC